AUGCAAAACAUAAUAGAAGAUGUUUCUAAGUUUAAGAAGUACCCACAGCAGGAAGCUGUUUACAACAAUCCAUAUGAAAUAGCCAGAGGAAACAAAACCCCAAGAAGAUUAGUUAAAAACAUUGGUCUUGGCUAUGAGACCCCAAUAACUGCAACAAACGGGACAUACAUUGAUAAAAAGUGCCCAUUUACUUCAGAUGUGACCAUCAGAGGAACAAUCUUCAAAGGAGAGAUUGUAAGUUUAAAGCAAACACGCACUGCUGUUGUAGUUAAGAGAUACCUCCAUUACCACCCAAAAUACAUGAGAUAUGAGAGGAGAAACACUAGAUUCAACGUGCAUCUUUCUCCAUGCUGGGACGGCCUUGUUGAGGUUGGAAGUAAAGUUGUAUGCGGUGAGACAAGACCACUCUCCAAGACAAAGAAGUUCGCAGUAAUUUCUUAUGAAAGAAAAGAGAAGACUGAGGGAUUCAAGCAGUUCUCCCCAGAGGAAUAA